AUGAUCGGCGAUACCGGCUCUAUCGAUUUAGCUAAACCUCCGGGUCGGCCUCGUAUUGUUCGAACAAAAAACAUGAUUCAAAAAGUUAAAAACCGUUUAAAACGAAAAAAACGCGUUUCAACUCGAAAAUUAGCC